AUGGUUCCGGUUGGCCGACUGAAUGGCAUUUCAUCCAGAAUAGAUGGUUCAGUGAGAAAAAUGAAGAAUCCUCCCCAAAAGAACGAGGGCAGCCUGGAUGACCCAGUUGGUAUUUCCGAUUCCCCUGGUUACUUAUACAUGUAUCGUGGGGCCUUCGCUCCCACUACGUUGUCCAAUCCCCACACUGUAUACGUUACUUGUCAAGGAGCUUACUGCAUUGGUGGACAUCUCAUACCCUGUGAACGACUCUGUAAAGCUUUAUUAUUCAUAAUCAAACCAAGAGCAAAAAAACCUAACAACGUAUGUAGCGGUCCUAUUUGUGAAACAUUGCUAGUUCCAGUUCAGGUCCCGCGUCCUGCGUAA